AUGUACGUUGCCGCGAGAAUUGUACGGAGUUUUACAGUUUCACGAGUUCGAAGGCCACUUCUGCUAUCGAGGAAGUCAACAAGGCGACAAAUAUCGCAAACGGCAAUCAGCUAUCACGGCGAUUUCGAGUAUGAGGAUCCUAAAUCCGAAGAUGACGUUGUAAAUAUUACUUACGUGUUACGAGAUGGCACAAAAAAACAAGUUCGAGGGAAAGUGGGCGAUAAUGUAAUGUAUCUCGCACACAGGUAUGGUAUUGAAAUGGAGGGAGCGUGUGAGGCUUCAUUGGCCUGCUCCACUUGCCAUUGCUACGUGGAUGAACCCUACUUUGAUCGGUUAGAUGAGCCAAAAGAAGAGGAAGAGGAUAUGUUGGAUCAGGUAUUGUUCUUUUUUCACCUCUACGAUCCCCACUCUCGUUCUAGAUGCCAAAUAAUUUUGCGGAAGGACCUUGAGGGAAUCACCGUAACGCUGCCACCAAUCACAAGGAAUUUCUACGUGGAUGGACACGUGCCGCAAGCACACUAG